AGGUCAGUUUUUUUGGCACUACUACUUCUACUUCUUCUUCUCUACUGUAAUUACACCGUGCCACUUUUUCCAUUUUGGGACGCUAUAUAAUUUUUAAAGCUUUUUCAUUUCGCAAUAUCGCAUUCCAUUUGUCGUAGUCAUUACAUAUUAUUUACCGGUUGGAAACUGAGAAACUUGGAUCCCUUGCUGUGCUAGCAAUUGCUUACUCUACUUUUAUUCCACCACAAUAAAAUAGUAAACGUGACAUUAGUUCAUUCUCCAUUGUUACGAAGGAAAGUUGUCGGUUUACCGGUAAACGGGGACGCGCGGAAUUAAUGAGCGAAUACGUUACUGUCGCAAACGUGAAUAGUUCCUGUAAGCGAUUCUUGUCGAAUGUCUUUUGCCGUUCAACCCGUUUAGACUCGCUUCUCGUCGAAAACGGUGACGCAACAGAAUCUUUGGAAGGACGAAGAUGUACGAAAGAUCCUUACCGAAAAUAAUAUAUAUCCUCUACUUUCAAAUUACAAAGAAAUCGUCGAAGUAGUCCCGUUUCCAAGAAGGAUUUCUUCUCUUUUCUCUUCACCAAUGUUGUUUACACAAUGCACGUGAUACGAAGAGCAAUGAGCGAGAAGGAAAAAUAUUUUUCUUCUGAUUCUUCGAAGCUCGAACAACAACUUUUACAAGUUAAUCGAAUAGUCAACAGAAAAUUAUUUAAACAGGCCAGCAACAACAGGUGGUUGUAACUUUUGACCUGGCUCAUUAUCUUCCUCUGGAAUUUAUGUUCAUCCAGUUCGACCUCGAACGUGUUCACGAUCCCUGCUCUACCAGUCCUCUUCUCUCUCUCUAUAUAUAUAUAUUAUCGCGAGGAGGAGAUCUUUAUCACCAAGAAUUUACCGAUACCGCAAAAAUUCUUCACGGACGACGCGUUUGGCAAAUUGAAUUAACGAAAGAGGCCGAAAGGGUGGAGGUGCGAACUUGUACGCGUUUAACUGUGCAUCCAACGAUUGUAAAACACGUUUAUUACACGGUAUUACUUUCUUGAAACAUUGUAUGGGUUAGUAUGUGACAAUUUUAUUACACACGUAUUACGUAACAAUCUACUUUUCCUUGUUGCGAAGAGAUAGAUAGAAAAUAUGAUUCGAUGAUACAACGAGAAUAAGUUUAUGAAAUAUUGAUUUCGCUCGGUGAAUGUUCGAACUCUCCAAUUCUUUUUCUCGAAAUUAUUUAGAACGAUUGUACGAGUAAAAAUUUUAAGAGAAUCCAGAUAAUGGAUGGUUAUAAUUAUCAACGACGUUUCCUGAUUUUACUUACUGAAACUGAUUUUUUUAGGAGGAAAACGCGUGUACAUUUCACCGGGGAUCGUGAACAGAAAUCGUGUCCCCGUCGUCGGGUUUUCACGGUUUCACGUCGCGUGUUAACCUUCCCCUACAGUUUUCUUAUCUGGGAAGCAAGUGAAUCGAGGAUGCGCAAUCGGCCCAGUGGCACACAAAGCAGCACCGAAGAAAAAGAGCCUACCUUUUAGACCUUGUUCUCCACUUCCGCCGCGUAUAAGCGGCACGGGAGGCGGAGCUAGGGAGAAACAGUCUCAAUUUGGCGACAAUGUUUCCCUAGAUAUCUACGAUUUCAGCCUCCCAACCAUUGGCUUUCCAAUCAUAGAUAGCUGGAAGUAUUACGGCGUAUUAUUCCUCCAUUACGUACGUUCCAUCCAAUUAUUGAGGUUGUUUAAAAAUACUCGUUUUUCGAGAUUUCGAAAAAGGAAACCCAUUAUUCGAUUCUCCAUUAUCCAAUAAAAAAAAGAAAUAGUUUUCCAUACUCUUCCGAUUGAUCAACACUAUCUUUUCCACGAAAUUCUCAAUAUAUUCGUGAUUGCGAGUGAAAAGUUUCAAACAAAAAAGAAAAAGAAAAAGAAAAACAAAGGAGAUAUUGAAUAAUCUGUCUUGGUAGCAUAAGUUAUAUCUCUCUAUAUCUAUCACAGAACAUUACCUCCGACCAUCGCGAUAAUCCUAUUCUCCAACUCGCUCGAGUCGAGUCGUUUUUCCCGAACGCCCUCGCAAUUAGCCCAAUUCCUUUUCAUUUGUAUCGUCGUUUCACACCGCGUGGCCACGGCGCAAUUACAUCAACGGGCGCAUAAUACGCGUAUCGCAUCAGCGACUCGAGGAAUCGACAAAACAAGCGAAGAAUCCUCGGGAUUCACGCUCUGUAUGCCUGUAACUAACUGUUAAUUAUGCCGUGUUUCUAUAAAAAUGGUCAUUCGUUCGGCCGUUCAGUCCGCGUCGAACAUGCCUCAACGCACGAUCUUCCUUGUAUUCCCGUUGACGUUGUGCGCCGUGUUGGCCGCGUGCAGUUGCAGCACCGUCCUCCAUCGAAGCGAUCGCGAUACGGUGUCGGCGAGAUCGAUCGGUUGCAACCGAGGAGAGAAUUCCACCGAAUGCGUGACGAGGCGGAGGAUGGAAGAGGCGGAGGGGCAAAGGAGGGAGGACCGGUCGAUGACCAGGGAAUCUAGGAUUGGAGGGGAAGAAUUUGAAAAAAGUGAGGAUGCUGCGAUAGAACAGGUCGCUGGACGAAGAAAGAAGAACAAGGGAUACGGGCAGAUGUUGCUCUAUCUUCUGGGCGCGUCGAAAAUGACUAUGCUUUACGUAAUAACGAACGUGGUUGCUGCGAUUGCCGGCAAGGCUCUGAUCGUCGCCAAAGUUGCUCUGGCAAUUGCUACCGCGAUCGGAUUGAAGAGAAUUCUUGAGAAUGAGAAAAUUUCGUACGAGAUAAUCAAGUAUCCGUAUCACAGCUACGAGAACACGCACAGUACAAGUUUCGAUUACGAUCACGGUGGAUCGUGGGAACGUGAUUUCGGACAUCAGAGGCAAAAAGUUAAUAGAAAAUUAAUUCGUUGAGCCACGAAGAGUACAAAUAAACGAAUAAAUUAUAUAUAUAUAUAAUUAUUUUGAAAUAAAUAAAAGUGUAAAAUAAGUAAA